ACGUCGAUAGGAACAGGCUACGAUCUCGCCAACUCCAUCUUUUCACCCGACGGCCGCAACUUUCAAGUCGAGUAUGCAGUCAAGGCGGUUGAGAAUGGCGGCACCUCGGUUGGCAUCCGGUGCAAGGACGGCGUAGUGCUUGCCGUCGAGAAGGUCGUCACCUCCAAGCUACUGAAGCCCGGCGCCAACAAGCGUAUUGCGACUGUGGACAGGCAUUUGGGUGUGGCGUACUCCGGCAUGAUCCCCGAUGGUCGCCACUUCGUCGAACGCGCCCGCGACGAGGCCCGCUCCUGGCGCGACACAUUUAAAACCCCCAUCGGCACUCCCGAGCUCGCCUCCCGCAUGGGCGGUUACCUGCAAGCCUACACCCUGUACCAGUCCGUGCGGCCCUUUGGCAUCACCGCCAUAGUGGCGGGCUGGGACUCAUCGCUUGAACUCCCCGUCGAUGGCGAGGUUGGCGUCGGUCCGUCGUGCGGCGCCGGCGGCAAGUCCACCGACAAGAAGUACGGCGGCCCCCAGCUGUACAUGAUCGAGCCGAGCGGCCUGUACUGGGGAUACUACGGCGCCGCCACUGGCAAGGGGCGACAGGCGGCUAAGGCGGAGCUGGAGAAGCUGGACCUCAGCGGUGAUGGCAUCAGCUUGGAACAGGCCGUCAAGGAGGCAGCAAGGAUCAUCUACGUGGCACAUGACGACAACAAGGACAAGGAGUUCGAGCUGGAGAUGACCUGGAUCAGCAGCGAGGAUGGUCCCACCAAGGGCCGUCACGAGGAGGUACCCAAGAAGUUGCUGGAAGAGGCCGAGAGGUUGGCGAAGAAGGCAAUCGAGGGUGAUGAUGACGAUGAUGACGAAAAGGAUGACGAGAAAAUGGAGGAGUAA